UUGUUUGAUUUAUUUUUACAAGUCCACCUUGCUACGCAACACCUCUCGAUUCAUUCUUCCACUUGGUCCUAUCAUAAUUUUUCUUGUUUUCGUUUGGCCAGUUUCUCGACGUCUUACUAUAAUACACGCCCGAAUCUCCAUUUUUUGAUAUCGAGCCACCAUGCCACCCGCCAGAGCAACAAAAAGUACACGCAGGAACAAAUCCCUAUCCAAGUCUGGGAGAUCCGAGGUUACGCUGGUCAGUGACGAUGGCCCUCCUCCAUUGCCAUCUGCCAAGCGUCGGAAGAACGGCAAAACAGCUGCAGCGCCUGUGGACGUCAUCGAGAUUUCUUCAGACGACGAAGAGGUGCCUCCUCCUCCUUUAAAGAAGCCUGCGAAGAUGUUGGAACUGGAGGCGCUAGUUAAUAAACUGAAGAAGAAGACAGAGAAGGCUAAACGAGCACAGGAUGAGGCUGAGAAACGGGCGGCAUAUUUUGAAGAGGCACUGAAGAUUUCUCAGUUAAAAGCCGCCACGUCAUCGCACAGCCGACCUCUUAUUGAUCCUUCUAAACUCGAAGACGACAUCACAUGUGAGAUUUGUACAUUGAAGAUGUGGUCCCCUUGCAUUCUCCCCGAAUGCGGCCACACUUUCUGUCAAUCAUGCCUACGAAAUUGGUUUAAUACAACUCUUGAGCAACACCGGCGACAGCACCCUCGUUAUCAUCCUAAUCAACCUAUCGUCCUCCCUCAGUAUCUCCGAGAAAUGCUGUUCUACCCCCAGAUCGAUCCUCAACAGCUUUCUGUGGUCGUAGAGCAGAUCACUGCCGCAUCUGGCAGGCCGGUCUUCACCUGUCCUACCUGUCGCAAACCGGUGAAGAAUCGACCUGUGGAGAUUUUUGUGAUCAAAUCACUUGUUCGAACUGUAGCAGCUGCUCAGGGCGAGAGUAGUCCAAGGAAGGAGACAGCUGAAGGAAGGUCACGUGGCAAAUCCAAGGCUCCGGUGAGACGGGAAGGACCUUGGGAUCUUUUUUUUCCUCCGACAUGAUUGCACUGUGACUAUGAACUGUUUAAAUCAUUUGCAUUGUGUAAUCAUCUUGCAGUAUAACUUAUAUGAUUUAAUAUUAUAAUUCAUGUCGUACGCUGUCAUAUGAGGU